UUGUGCGCACAGUGGAACGAAUCAUCGUCCAGAUCCAAUGAAAGCUCCACUGAGGACAUGGAAUGAACGAGUCUUUGAAUUUGACCAGAAAAAAAGGUUUAUUCAAAAUCUCAGAGUUAUUAUGGUGAGCUAAAUUCACUUUCUCCGCUCCAUCGUUGAAGGCACGAUGGUCCCUCCCCUACACGAAAUCCUUUGUGAAAAUCUUGUUGGACUUUUUUCCUCCAGUUCCUUCAAACGUCAAGUGUAAUUCCUACCGAGGACUUCGCCUCUGUGCUCUCACUGUCUUGAAGGUGGAGCAGAUAUGAGAAGAAACCGACUAUCAACUAACCAAGAAGAAUUCUGAGAUGAAAAUUCCUAUAUCACCAAACGCUGCUUCUUUUUAAAUAACAAGCACCCCUUUGAGGAUUUUACAUAUCCAUCAAUCGAAUGAUAGCAGAGGUUUCUCUACAAUGGGCCCGGUACCCUUAAAACUCCUGCUCUCCAUCUCGGCGCUAGCUGUGCUGGUGGCUGCAGCAGCCAACGAUGCCACAGGUGAUGACGAGUACACCUGGCCGCAGAAGAAGGUGCCUCUUGUGCAAGAAAAACGAACGGUUCGUCUGGACAGCUCAGAGUUUUCGGCCAAACCGCAAAGCGAGCUCCACGGAGUAUGUGGCAUAGAGUGCCAGCGGGGUCUCCCGGUGCCCAGCCUGGAUGAUUUAGAGAAGAUUCUCUCUUACGAGACGAUGUACGACAACGGCACGCGCACCCUCACCACCGUCGCUGUGCAGGAGCUGAACGCGAGCGACUGGACGGGAAGCUCUCCGUCGCGCGCCCGACGCAGGCGAGAGGUCUACGGCACGGACACGCGCUUCACCAUCGCGGAAAAGCAAUACUCUUUAAAGUAUCCUUUCUCGACGUCUGUGAAGAUUUCCACGGGCUGCUCUGGAGUCCUGGUGUCCCCCAAACACGUGCUGACGGCCGCGCAUUGCAUCCACAACGGCACGGACUACCUGGACGGAGUACAGAAACUCAGCGUGGGGUUGCUGAAGGAGCGAUCUCGCCGAGGGAAAGGCAGAAAAGGGAAAGGACGGAAGGGAAAGGGACAGAGAAAUAAAAUAGAAGAAGGGGAAACAGACGAAGAGGUCGCAGAGAAGCACGAGCGCAGGGGCAAAGGGAGGAGAAACCGCAGCCGGAGGAGCGCCGUUUCCGCGCCGCCCUCGUUCCGCUGGACGCGGGUGAAACAGAUGCAGGUACCGAAGGGCUGGUUUAAAGGCAUUUCCGAAAGCGUAGUGGCCGACUAUGAUUACGCCAUUCUGGAGCUCAAGAGGGCGCAAAAGACCAACUUCAUGGAUCUAGGCGUCAUACCCUCAGUCAAAAAGCUGCCGGCUGGCCGUAUCCACUUCUCAGGCUUCGACGAUGACCGGCCGGGCAACCUGGUGUACCGCUUCUGCUCUGUAUCGGAGGAGUCCAACGACUUGUUGUACCAGUACUGCGAUGCCAAGCCCGGAUCCAGCGGUUCGGGCAUCUACAUUCGUCUCAAAGAACCCGGCAAGAAGAAAUGGAAGAGGAAGAUCAUCGGGGUUUUCUCGGGUCACCAGUGGGUGGAUGUGAACGGGGUGCAACAGGAUUACAAUGUGGCGGUGAGGAUCACGCCGCUGAAGUACGCGCAGAUCUGUCAUUGGGUGCACGGGGACUCCAGCAAGUGCCACGCGACCUGAGAGACCCCAGACAACUUCAGCGCCUCCCAUUUGCGCACUUCACAGACUGCUGCAUUCGUCAAAGCUCUUGAAUUCAUCACAAAAGUCAUGAACUAUUCCAAGUAAGGAUAUUUUGAUACCAUAAUUUAUUUUACCAGAUAACUUUUGGUUUGAAUCAGAUGUGUAUUUCUAGUCGGUCUUAUUAAAGAUUAGGUCAUAAACGUUAUCAUUUUUGAAUUAGAAAGUUAGUGUUGUUUUGCCAUGGGAGGCAUUUAUUUGGUCCUAGAUGUUGUCGACACAGGAAAAAUACUUAUUUUUCUGAGAGAAAUUGUUUAUUUGUGGAUUUACUUUUUUUAAGAAAGUAUCUGCUUAUUGAUGCUGUUUUUUAAAGCGUUUUGUUUCUGUAGGUUAUCAUUAUAUAGAUGUUAUGGUUGUGUGUCUUUGAUGACUAAACUGUAAACUCUCUUCAUGGGCUUCCAUUGACAUCUAUGUUGCUGUCUUCUGUAACAAUGCAGACAGUUAACUACCUUCAGGUUGUCCUUGUUGAUUUCUGGUGCUAAUUUAAUUUUUAAUACAUCAGAGGACCUGUCAGAGUAACAGGCUACUGUAGAACUGUAAGUAUGUAUUUAAUGUAAAGCGUGGAGUAGUGUAAUAAAACCACGCAUUGCUUUCAAAACUACACAGGGUUAUUUAAAGUUUACUAUAGUCAUUGGUAAAUAUCAUUAGAUUUGUUUGUAAUUACGAUAUGGAGGAAAGCAAUAUAGGAAAUGUAAAAAUCGUAAUAUAAAUCUGCAUUUAUAUUUUUCAACGUUGGUUAAAAAACUCUGUACUAUUUUAAAGACCAAAUAAAGUGAGAUUUAUGUUGGUCAAGGAGGA